UUUUAGUUGGCGUCCACCAGUAGCCAACACUGCUAGCUACGUCCUUUCUCUCCUACAGCUACAGUAGUUGGGGGCCAUCAAAUCUGCCGCUGCUGUGAUCGCUUCAAGCAUUUCCAUUGUUUGAUAAACUACAAAAGCAGAGAUUGUUCAGUCGAGUUGCGGUUAAUAUGGAAAGCUUAGAAAAUCUUCCAACAGAGCUGCAGCGUAAUUUCCACCUAAUGAGAGAUCUUGAUCAACGUUCUCAGGAUGUCAUGAAAAAUAUUGACCAGAUUGCUGAUGAAUAUUUACUCAACAUUAAAAAUUUAAGUCCAGAGAAGCGUUCUGAACAAACGGGCAAGAUACAAAAAAUGUUUAAUCGUGCCAAAGAAUACAGCGAUGAUAAAGUUCAACUAGCAAUUCAGACUUAUGAAUUGGUUGAUAAACACAUUCGAAGGCUGGAUUCAGAUUUAGCUAAGUUUGAAGCCGAAAUUAAGGAAAAAGCUCUCAAUAAUAAUAAAAAAGAAGAGGAGACCAGCACUAAAAAGAAAGGGCGAAAGAAAAAGGAGGACAAAGGGAAAAACAAGAGAAAGGGUAAUCAGUCUGAUGAAGAAGAAGCCCCACCGAAACCAGGUCGCAAGAAACAGAAAAAGAAAGUUGAAACAGAAUCUGCUAUUGCAUCUGUACUCCCUGGCCUGUCAAUUGCACAUCCAUCAGACGUACUGGACAUGCCUGUGGAUCCCAAUGAACCCACGUACUGUCUCUGCCAUCAAGUGUCGUAUGGAGAGAUGAUUGCCUGUGAUAAAAUGGAUUGUCCAAUAGAGUGGUUCCAUUUUGCAUGUGUUGGAUUGACAACAAAGCCCAAAGGAAAGUGGUAUUGUCCGAAAUGUUCGACGGAGAGAAAGAAGAAAUAAUAACAAGAAGAAUAAUAUAGGCAGGCAGUUGUGAUAUUUAUUUUUAUCGAGAUAUAAUUAAAAGGAAUAGUUUUGUUACAAAUGGGAAUUUUUUAUUGUCAUUUUACUAAAUUGAAAUGAUCUUAUUUGAUAUAUAUAUAUGUAAAUGGAUAGCAUAUCCAUAGCACAAUAAAAAAAAAUUUAAUAGGGUUUCUAGAGCACUCUUAAAGAAAUUUAAUAAUCUUUUUUGGAGCAGAACAAGUUUUAAAUUAUUUAAGACAUUUCAAUUUUGUAUCCGUUAAAUGAUAGACAUAGAAUAAAUUUUUUUUAAGA